AUGCAAUCGCUUCUUAGCACAGCUAAAUUUUUGGGGCGUUCUGGCACCUUGAAAAAUCAGGCUUUUCGGCGAAUCGCCUGUUUAGCCGCAUUGCCAGAAACUCAUCAGAUGCUCCAGAAGACAUGUAGAGAUUUCGCUGAUUCUGAAUUAGUACCACAUGCAGCAAAACAUGAUCGUGAACACUUGUACCCGGAGAAGCAAAUACAAAAAAUGGGUGAACUUGGGCUAAUGGCUAUAGCGAUCCCUGAAGAAUAUGGUGGUGCCGGUUUGGACUAUUUGGCAUAUAGCAUUGCGAUUGAGGAAAUAUCACGAGGCUGCGCAUCUGCUGGGGUCAUAAUGUCUGUGAAUAACUCACUUUAUUUAGGACCCAUCAAUCAUUACGGGACGCAACAGCAAAAAGAAAAUUGGAUCGUACAUUACACUACUGGUGAAAAGGUCGGUUGCUUUGCAUUAUCCGAACCCGGCAAUGGCUCUGAUGCAGGUGCUGCUUCUACUACCGCAGUUGAAAAGAACGAUCGCUACAUAUUAAAUGGCACUAAAAUGUGGAUUACAAAUGGCUUUGAAGCAGGCGCUGCUGUAGUUUUUGCAACAACCGACAAGUCAUUGAAACACAAAGGUAUAUCCGCUUUUCUCGUACCCAAGGGUAUUAGCGGCUAUACUAUAGGGAAAAAAGAAGACAAAUUAGGAAUUCGAGCUAGCUCCACAUGUCAGCUAAUAUUUGAAGACUGUGAAAUUCCAAAAGAAAAUAUUUUGGGUAAACCCGGUAAUGGUUUUAAAAUUGCUAUGCAAACAUUGGACGCAGGACGUAUUGGAAUUGCCAGCCAAGCGUUGGGCAUUGCGCAAGCUUCAUUAGAACUGGCCGCAGAUUAUGCGCAGAAACGUACCGCAUUUGGCAAGCCUAUUGCUAAAUAUCAAACUAUACAGCAAAAGCUGGCUGACAUGGCAUUAAGAGUGGAAUCAGCUCGUUUGCUCACAUGGCGUUCUUGUUGGUUGAAGGACAAUGGAAAAUCGUACACAAAAGAAGCUGCAAUGGCUAAGUUAGCAGCUUCCGAGACGGCCACAUAUUGCGCUCAUCAGUGCAUUCAAGUGUUGGGUGGUAUGGGCUAUGUUACUGAUAUGGCAGGCGAACGUUACUAUCGGGAUGCGCGUAUUACAGAGAUAUACGAAGGCACGUCCGAAAUACAACGUCUUGUCAUCGCCGGUCAUGUGCUGAAAGAACUGUCUGCAUAAUUUUUAAUAUCGUCUCAUUAGUACCUACAUAUAUUUAAAUUCAUUAAUAUACAUACUUUGUUUUAAAAUUUAUACACAAAAAUUUACAUGAUUAAUAUUUUUAAGGCAAUUUUUGGAUGAAUCGAUUAGGCGGUAGUCAGUUUAAGAUAUCGAUGGUCCUAUGCAAUAACGGCACAACUCAAAAUUAAAAAAAAACAGUACCCUUACUUCUGUUAAGUUCUUACGGCUCUAAUCCUAAGUAAGUAGUAAGGAUUCUUAAGUAAGUCGUAAAGAUUAGACAUGUAUUAGACAAGGAUUAGAGACAUGAGACACCUAACAGUAGUAAGGAUUUUUUUUAAUUUUGGGUUGUGCGAUUAUUGCAGAGAACCACGGAUAUGUAGUUGAUAAGGAUUUUCCACUUUUUUAUGUUACAUAAUUUGUAUUUGAAAACACCUAAAUAAAAACAAUAUACACUGCCGGCAAAAUGUAUUGGCACAGGGAAUUUAUUACAAUAUAUGCAACAAUUCUUAUUUCAAUUUUUUUCCGAUAAAUUUUUUGUAAAACAAUGGUUCAUUCUACAACAAAAACAUACAAAUAUGAUUUCUUAACUAUGUGCAAAACUCUAGAAAAUUCAAUAAAUUCGAUUGCAAAUUUUUAACUUUUUAAUCAGAUUUUUUAGAAUUUUUUGAGUAUGCAGAUUUGUGCCCAAUAAAUUUUUUUUAAAUAAAGGGCAAGUUUGAAGUAGGGGACUUACCCUUUGGCGGUUUUUUGUACGCAGUUUUUUCAUUAAAAAAAAAUUCGUAAAUAUUAUGUAUGGAAAAAAUGUAAAACACCUUCAACAAAAAAAUUUUCUCAAAAAUCAACGCGAGUUUUGCCUAACUUCAAACUUGCAUUUGUUAUAAUAGAGUUUAAUGUGCUACAAAAGAGCUUACUCAAGAAAAUUCCAAAAUAUCGGAUUAAAAAGUUUCAAAUUUGUAUUCACAUUUAUUGAAAUUUAUAAAAAAUAUUCUACCUUAUCCUGAGUUUCGCCUGAAAAAAAGUUCACCCGAAAAUUUAUCAUCCGCCCAUAGUAAAACCGUGGAAACCAAGAGUGAAAAGUGAACCGGUUCGGUGAAAAUGAAACUCACGCUAAGACUGAUAAUGUUUCGUUUUAUAGAAUGAACCACAUCUUUAUAGAAAUUAACGGAAACUAUUAGAACAAAAAUUUUCGCGUAUAUUGUGAAAAAAUUUCUGUGUCAGUACUUAUUUCCGGCAGUGUAUCUAUAAAAGGGAAUCCUAUAUGAAAAUUUAAA